AGCGGGGGCCUAACGGCCCUGCCCACUUCAGCUCCCGGCUUCCCGUCGCCGUCAUCGUCCCUCCCUCCUCUCGUUCAUCGGCUCCUUCCUUCCUUUUUCACCAUCAGUUUCUGCGAGGAUAGAAGCGCUAUUCAGCAUCAAAAGACCCCACCACGAUCCGCCCUCUGCAGUCUUCAAAUUAUUUCUUGAAUCGGAGCUCCUUCUACUCGGAAGAGCUAAAAUGGCCAAGAAAAAGCAAAAUCAGGGAAGUGAGAUGGGCUCUGACGGCCAUCACAUGAAUAUAAGAAAUAUUAUGAAAGACAUUGAGUUUUUGGGCUCCUCACAUAUGACAUGGAAGGAGAGGAAAGAAUUGGAGAACAGGAAGGUGGUCUCUCUUGGUGGAAAGCCACCCAAGAAGCAGAGAUUGCCAUUAAGUGUAGCAAGAGUGGUUUUGAAGAAACAAAAGGAAAGAGAAGAGAAAAUGUCACAAGAGAAUUUGAUUCUUGGACGAUUUGGAGGGAAGCUUGGCAAUGGUGCUGGAAGGUCAGCCGGGAAGCACAAGCCUGAGGACAGGGUUCUGAAAACGACUGAGGGUCAUUUUAGCAAUGGUGUGCUUGAUGUGAAGCACAUGUUGCAUGGAGCUCCUUCAAGAGAGAAUGAUUCUAGUACUCACACAUUCAAUAAAGGGAAAUGGAAGAAGGGAAGUAAGAACAAGAAACAAGGAAAGAAGAAAGGUGGUGGUAGGAAGCGCCACUGAAUGGAUUGAUCAUCAUUAGACAAAUUUACAUAACCAGUCCAUAUGGUUUGGAAAAUCUUCUAAAAGUUCUCAUCAAUAGUUAUUAAUUAUUUUAGAUUUCUAUCUAGGUACACCAAAUUCUAUGUGUUUUAUGAUAUGGCCCAUCUAAAGUCUAUACACCGUAUUCAGCAUCCAAAAUACACCUAUUCCAAACUU